AUGAGCGAAAAUGAUGCAAAUUUGGGAUUAUUAUCCAACAAAUCUAAUGCUAAAUAUAAAGAACCGAAGAAGAACAGCGAUGAUUUUGAAAUUUAGGAUUACGGAGAUGAUUAGGAAUACGUCUCUUUAGAUUAGGCUAAAGUACAACAUGCUGAGGUUAUUUAACCAAAAUAAAUCGAAUAACCAAUCACUCCUCCUUAAAAUAACAGAUAAUGUUAGCCAGAGCUUUAAAAAAAUUAGAAUUAUCAAUAGACUUAGCAACAGAACUAGUUUCCCCCACAGUAGUAAAACCAGCAUCCUUAAAUUUAAUAACAAGUGCCAAUUAACUAGUACCAAAAUUAGUAUAGUUAAUAUCAAUAUACUCCAUAUCAAAAUUCAUAAUAUUCUUAUCAAUAGAACUAGUAAUACAAUCCGGUUUCAAAUGUAUUCCAAUAAACAGCCAUCCUGAUUGACAGGGGUUUCAAUCAAAGAACACAAACCUAUUAAACUUGCAUGCAUUGUAACACUCCCUAGAUGAUAUAAGAUGAAAAAUAACCAUUUAUGUGCUUUAGAUGCUAACAAAUUAAUAAGCCUAAUUUUGGUUAUUUUCAAUGCGGCUCAUGCAAAAUUACAGUCAUGUACCAAUGCGGAUUAUCUAAUUUAAUCAGAUGCACAAAAUGUCAAACAAUGAAUUAUGUCUAACAGCCUAAUCUUCCAAAUACGUUAUAAUAAUAUCAACAAUCAUAAUAAUAGUAGAAUUUAUUAUAAUAACAACAACAAUAGCAAUUUAAUAGUUCAAAUUCUUAAUUGUUCUAAUCCUAAAAUUAAUAAACAAAUUAACAAAAAUUAUCUGAGUAUUCAUAAUACUAACAGCCCAAUAAGGAAUAAAAGAAUAUUUCCAGAAACUAAGUUGAUCCGAUGUAUCAAGAAAAAUGA